CAUUAGCACUAAUUAGAUAAUAUGCACUAUUUAAAUUUUGACUAACUCUUUUUGGUAAUAAUUUAUUAUAGUUAUGUUAAAAUAUUUCGAACUUUGAUAAAACGCAAACGUAUGGGAAUAGCUGUGGUUAACAUACAAUAAAUUGUGUCAAAAUAUUAGCAAUAAUGUUAAUAUCCAGAGAAGAAAGUGAGGACUGCGUUUGUGUGAAAAGACGAUUUUCACUUUGGUCUUAACGCAAUGCAAUACAGCAAACAAACAAUUGUUUUUUUUUAUACUACGUCGAUGGCAAACAAGCGUACGGCCCGCCUGAUAGUAAGCAGUCUCCGUAACCUAUGUACGCCUGCAACUCCAGAGAAGUUUCAUGCGCGUUGCCGACCCUAAUAACACUCCGCAGCUCUGGCAACCUUACUCACCGGCAGGAACACAACACUAUGAGAAGCGUCUAGUGUUAUUUGGCUGCGGUUUUCUGUAAGGUGGAGGUACUUCCCCAGUUGGGCUCUGCUCUAGAUCUGGAAUGACAUCCGCUGUGCUGUGCCCUACCACACAAAGCGAGAUGACAUUCACAAUGCCCAUACCUCUCUUAUAAUGUGUCUCUUUCAAUACUUUUAUUGUGUUAUUGAUAACAUGAUGAGUCACUGUAUAGUUAUUAUUUAAAUAAUUUAUUACAAUAAAGAUCCUACAAUCUUGCAUAGCAAUUUGACACAUAUAUAAUGUUAUUAGAUUCAUAAUUCUCUAAACAUUAGCUUAGCGUUGUGGGCACAUUAUAAAAUGUACGUAGAUACUUUAUUUUCCUUAAAGCGUACUUUACAAACAAUAUCCUUCAGUAUUUUCCUUAUAUUUGUGUAGUGAGAACGUGUUAAAUAACUCAAAUAUGGAGGAUUUAAUUGAUUUUACUGACUACGACACAAAAUUGAAACCGGAGCCAAACUGUAACCAAGAAGUAAUAAAACAUACUCAAACGCCAAUGGAUGAUUAUCAGUUGGACGACUACUACAGAAACGCGAUGCUACUAUUCUGCAACAGCGCCACUCGUACCGGAAAAGAUCUUGCCGGAACCUUCCAGAAAUACCGAUUCAUAGUCGACAAGUAUGAGGACUUGUCUAGUAGUGAAAUCGAAGCGAAGUGCAAGAGCUUUUUUUCCCGCAACUUUUCCGAGUACGGCGCAGUAGCGGUAGUGGUGAUAGAGCCAGAAGUAAUUCAAGAUAUCUUGCCAGACGAACGCUACGUAUGCACGGGCACGCUAGAAACACCAAUUGGACCAGGAAUGUUGCAAGCUACCGACAAAUCGUACCAUGAGAGUAUCAUCUUGAAGUACUUUACUACUAAUGUCCCGCAGACGCUCAGGGGCAAACCUAAGAUUUACAUUACUAAGACCAGGAGUAUAACACAACGAAUAGCAAUCCACAACUAUGAAGACAUAUUGGCUUUGCAUUUCCCAUUUGAGAAAAGAUAUUACAAAGAUAUUUUCAUCAGCGAACUAUGCAACAACAUCGAAGAAUCGGGAGAAAAUGAGGAUUUGCUAGAAAUAAUCAAAGACACAAUUUACGAGACGAGAGAAGUUGAAGAAACCGACACUUUACAAAAAAUCGAAUCUAUAUACGAUUUCUUGGGCCAAGAAUAUGUGGAUUCUUUUGUGAAACCGUUCUUCACCGGAACGCCAAGCAGUUACUCAAAUAAUUUAGGAAAAAACGAGUUAACGGAAAAACCGAAAUUAACUUGUACGUUUACGAAACGACUGUAUCUGCCUUCGGAUAUUUAUUAUAACCAAAAUACUCUUCAACCAAGGGUAUCGAAACGUUGAGACGAUAAUUUAUAAUUUGAGACUCAACCCGGAGAUUGGUUCUAAUUUUGAUCUGAUUUAUGAUACGACUUUGACGAUUGUAAGUAAGUAAGUAAGUAAGUAAGUAAGUAAGUAAGUAAGUAAGUAAGUAAGUAAGUAAGUAAGUAAGUAAGUAAGUAAGUAAGUAAGUAAGUAAGUAAGUAAGUAAGUAAGUAAGUAAGUAAGUAAGUAAGUAAAUAUUCUUUAUUGCACCAACAAUUAUACAUUUUACAUACAUGACUGAUGAUUGUCUUGGUGACUGAAUAUUAAAACUGCAAAUUUAUUAAACCUCUUUACGCAUAGUUUUAUUUUAUUUUAUGUUGUCAUUCUCCUCUUCUUCCUCGCGUUGUCCCGGCAUUUUGCCACGGCUCACGGGAGCCUGGGGUACGCUUAGCAACUAAUCCCGAGAACUGGCGUAGGCACUAGUUUUUACGAAAGCGACUGCCAUCUGACCUUCCAACCCAGAGGGUAAACUAGGCCUUAUUGGGAUUAGUCCGGUUUCCUCACGAUGUUUUCCUUCACCGAAAAGCGACUGGUAAAUAUCAAAUGAUAUUUCGUACAUAAGUUCCGAAAAACUUAAUGUUUCGAGCCGGGGUUUGAACCCGCGACCUCUGGAGUCGCACGCUCUUACCGCUAGGCCACCAGUGCUUGCGUGUUUAAGUUGUCAUUAUGUCGUAUUUUUGGACAAUUAUCUUUGUUUACUCCUGCCAUCUAAACUGUUAUUAAUUAUUUUUUGCAAUAAGUCCCUUAAGUCCAAUGGAAAAAAAUGUUAAGUGAAAAAAGGAUAUUUUAUAAAAUAGUUAAAAAUAUAUAUGUUUUCGAUCGUUUUUGCUCUAUUUCUAAGAACCUUUUGAUUCAACCUCGUAAGAUCGCAGCAAAAUAUUUGUUGAAAAUAAUUUUAUUUUCGUAAAAACUACAUAUAAAGGUUCAGUCGUUCCCGACUUAAGAUUUUGAGAUAUAUGCCAUUAUGAUUAAGAUUGUUUUGUUAUAUCUUGUGGUUCAUAACUUUAGUUAUGAUGUAUUUAACUUUCCUUACUUACUUAUAGAUCGUGUCAUUCACGAAGACGCAUGCCUUGACUCAUAACGUCAUAUUAUUAAAGCUUAGAUUUGACAAAUCUGCGCGUCAUCGUGGAUGACACGAACUAUACUGAACAAACAGUAAUUAUUUUUGUGCAUCUUUAAUUGUACGUAUUUACAUACUUACAUGAUUAUUUCAUUUAAUAAUAUUGUUUUAAAUAUCCUUAAACACAUUUUUAUGUUUCCUUGUACCAAACUAACUUGAUUAGUUUUUCGUCAUUUAAAUAUCGUGUUAUAAAAUGAAAGUGGUCAUACCUACAUUAUACUUUAACAAAUCGUAUAGAAAGCCAUAUAUUUGAUCUUAUAUUCGCAAAAAAAAGCAAAGGAUUACAAACAGAACUCUUCAACAACCGUCUGUCCGUGUGCAUUAACAACAGAUAAUGCCAACCGUCGAAAUAUAACUUAUUAAGGUUGAAUCACUAUAGAACAGUACAGGUCUGGACAUUUAAUUCACACUUCAUUUUGUUUUCUAAAGCAUCACGUGAUCACCGAUCACCCGUCAAAGAAAUACCAUUACACGCCUCGGCCCAGAACGCAAAGAGAACCAUGCUUCUCUUUGUGGCCCAGUAAAUUAGGUCGUUUUUGGUAACAUUUGAAGUACACUAGCACCAUAAGAAACAAAAAUAUCAAAAAAGCAAAACAGUCCGACACAGAUAUUAAUAAUAAUAAUCUGUGUUGAAAAAAUCAUUGCUCCAGCUUCAAAAACCACAGAGGAAGCAAUCGAGAUAUCAUCUUAGCUAAGCCUUCAGAGAAUGCUGUCGAAAUAUAGCUUAGUCAAAAGCGUCAGAUCACUCAAAUAGCACUCUCUUAAUCCUAAUUAGCAUCUUCAUUUUAGUAACAAUAUGCAAAUCUCUGGGGACAAGUGCUUGUGGUCUAGAUUAAUUAGCAUAUAUGGGAUUGCAAUAACACGAUACACAACUAGUUCUGCUCAAAAGGUCUUAAGCGCCGGCCAAUUUCUAGGGCGAUACGCCAUAUUGUUACUGACAUUUCACCAAGUUUCCUUCUUGAGAAAGAUCGUAAGAGAUGUUAUGUCGUAGGAAGAUAUGGCAUUCUGUUUUCAUUUAAGUAAGCCGGUCUUUGUGGGCUGUCGGCCAUGAUUUAGGAUUUAGGACAGACGUUGGAGCCAGAUGGUGACAAUAAUAAUGACAGAUACUAAAGCUGUGCUUAAGAAUGAG